AUGCCCCGGAGCCCCACCUCCAGUGAGGAUGAGAUGGCCCAGAGCUUUUCAGACUACUCUGACGACUGCGCCUCUGACAGCUCCCGCGAGGAAACCAUUUACGAGACCAUAAGGGCCACCGCCGAGCCGUCGCAGUACCGCAUGGACGACAUCCACACCAACUCGCUGGUCAUCCGCGUCCUCAUCCCCGACCUGCAGCACACGAAAUGCAUGCGGUUCAACCCGGAUGCGACGGUCUGGGUUGCCAAGCAGCGGAUCCUGUGCACGCUCAAUCAGAGCCUGAAAGACGUCCUCAACUAUGGGCUCUUCCAGCCAGCCAGCAACGGGAGGGACGGCAAGUUCCUGGACGAGGAACGCAUCUUUCGAGAGUACCCCCAGCCAAUCAGCAAGGGGGUCCCGUCUUUGGAGUUUCGCUACAAGAGCAGAGUCUACCGGCAGCCCAACGUGGACGAGAAACAGAUCGCCAAACUUCAUACCAAGGCCAAUCUGAGGAAGUUCAUGGACCUCAUCCAGCACAAUCAGGUGGACAAAGUGUCUAAGUUGUUGGAGAGAGGCUUCGAUCCGAACUACCACGACAGCGAGACUGGUGAGUGCCCCCUGACGUUUGCCGCCCACCUUGACGGCGUGGUGGAGAUGAUCAAGGUGCUGAGGAACGGAGGAGCUCACCUGGACUUCAGGGCCAAAGACGGCAUGACCGCCCUCCACAAAGCCGCAAGGUCCAAGAACCACGUCACACUCACGACGCUGCUGGAGUUGGGGGCAUCUCCAGACUACAAGGACAGCCGCGGUCUGACUCCUCUGUACCACAGUGUGGUGGUGGGUGGAGACCCGGGCUGCUGCGAGCUCCUGCUGAACCACCACGCUUCAGUCUGCUGCCAGGACGAGAACGGCUGGCAUGAGGUUCACCAGGCAUGUCGUCAUGGCCACGUGCAACACCUGGAGCAUCUGCUGUUCUACGGAGCAGACAUGAGCGCCCAGAAUGCCUCGGGAAACACCGCUCUACACAUCUGUGCCCUGUACAACCAGGAUAACUGUGCCAGAGUGCUGCUUGUUCGUGGAGCUGACAAGGAAGUGAAGAACUACAACAGCCAGAGUCCAUUUCAGGUCGCCAUUAUCGCUGGGAACUUUGAGCUCGCUGAACUCAUCAAGAACCACAAAGAGACAGAUAUAGUGCCUUUCCGCGAGGCUCCAGCCUACACCAAACGCCGCCGGGGUCCAUCGUCUGGCAACAGCAGCGGAAACGGCCAGUCCCCCACCUCGUUAUCAGCGCCACGGGUCCUCCUGCGCUCCAACAGCGACAACAACCUAACAGUCAGCCAGUACCAGGCCCCCCAGCAGGGUCACUCGCAGCCUGGCUCCUCAGCAUUGCAUCGCAGCCUGUCACCCCAGCUGCUCCAGCAGAUGCCCAGCGGCAGCCCCAAUGGCACCGUGGUGGUCCGGACCAUGGGGAGGGGGGCGAGGAGCCGGUCGCCCUCCCUCAGCCGGCUGGGGGAGGAGGCUCGGCGCGCUCUACCUUCACAGCGUCAGCCCAGUCCCAGCAGUCAUGGCGAGGCAGUAGGCACCAGGAGGAAGCUGUACAGUGCCGUUCCUGGGAGACAUUUUGUGGUCGUUCGCCCGUACACCGCUCAGGCCGAGGGAGAGAUCAACCUGUACAAGAGCGACAGGGUCAAAGUUCUGAGCAUCGGAGAGGGGGGUUUCUGGGAGGGCAGCGCCCAUGGCCAGGUGGGCUGGUUUCCAGCCGACUGUGUGGAGGAGAUCCCGGCCAAGGCCACCGAGGAGAGGAGCUAUUCGAGAGCAGACCGCGCCGACAGACGGAAACUCUUCAGACACUACACUGUGGGCUCGUACGACAGCUUCGACGCCUCCAGUGACUGCGUGGUGGACGAGAAGACGGUGGUGCUCCAGAAGAAGGAGAAUGAGGGAUUUGGCUUCGUCCUGCGGGGGGCGAAAGCGGACACGCCCAUCGAGGAGUUCACUCCCACACCUGCCUUUCCCGCCCUGCAGUACCUGGAGUCGGUGGACGAAGGAGGCGUGGCAUGGCAGGCGGGACUCAGAACGGGCGACUUCCUCAUCGAGGUGAACCAGGAGAACGUGGUGAAGGUGGGCCACAGACAGGUGGUCAACAUGAUCCGCCAGGGAGGAAACCGGCUCCUGAUCAAAGUCGUGACCGUGAGUCGGAAUCUGGACCCCGAGGACACGGCGCGCAAAAAAGCUCCUCCGCCGCCAAAGAGAGCCCCCACCACAGCCCUGUCCAUGCGCUCCAAGUCGAUGACCUCUGAACUGGAGGAACUUGUGGAUAAAGCCACUCUAAGGAAAAAGAAAGACAAAGUCGAGGAGAUGACGCACGCCCAGAAGACCUCACCUGUAGACAUGAAGAUCGCCACGAUCAAACCACGCCCAUCCAGUCGCUGCUUGGUCACGCCCACUGAUAUGAAUUCCAUGUAUCACGACCGCCAGGGAGUAGCAGUGGUGCCGCCCACUGUGCCGGGGGCCUUCCUGGGGAUCCCUGAGAAGGGCACCAUGAAAAAGCAAAAGUCAAUAGGAACAUCGGAGGAUGAGAAACAGGGAUUCCUCACUCCUCCCCUUCUCAAGUUCUCCCGCAGCCUCUCCAUGCCCGACACCUCAGAGGACAUCCCCCCUCCCCCGGCCAUCUCGCCCCCUUCGCCACCCGCCUACAACUCAGCUGCCGGCCCGACACCCAAAAGCUACGGCACCACGCGACCCAGCUUCACCCAGAACUCGCCUAACGCGGUGACGACCAUCAGCCGGACCACCGACGUCGGCACGUUGAGGCGCGGCUACUUCCGCCAGAGCUCGGAGCAGUUCGAGAGCACGCGCACUCGAGGGCGCACGCCGGUGCCCGAGAACCCGUACUCCGAGGUGGGCAACAAGACUCUGUACGUGCCGGCGAAACCGGCUCGAAGGAAGGGGAUGUUGGUGAAGCAGCCCAACGUGGAGGACAGCCCCGAGAAGACGUGUCACAUGCCAGCAAGCCCCUCGGGCCCGGUUUCCAUGCCAACGACGCCUGUAGAGCGAACGUGCUCCUCCAUCCCCAUCCCCACGAUCAUCGUCAAGGAGCCCUCCACCAGCAGCAGCGGCAAGAGCAGCCAGGGUAGCAGUAUGGAGAUCGAGCCCACCACCCCCGAACACCCGCCUCUCACCCCCACCGUCGGCGGGAGCGGAGGUCUGCGUCCCGAAGACCCGCUGUCACUAAGCAACCCCUUUGCGGCAGCUAUAGCGGGGGCGGUACGGGACCGGGAGAAGAGGCUCGAGGCAAAAAAGAACUCAAUCGCCUUCCAGUCGAUAGACAUCGGGGAUGAGGACUUGAGCGGUCCCACGCCGACCCCCCGCCUCCGCCAGUCCAAGUCCAUCGAUGAAGGCAUGUUCAGUAGCGACGAGCGGCUUCGAAGGAUACUGGCUCCGCCCUCUGCAGCACAGCUAGGGCCGCCUGUUGGGGGAGGAAGUGGCAACAUGACGGACUUCAACACCCCCGAGCCCACGGUGGUGCGGGAGCCUCUGAACACCAGAACAGGUCAGUGUCCCAACCUGGACAGUCCCGUCAGUCUCCCGUCCACGCCUCCCAAGAGCCACUACAGGGCCAACGGGACCUACCUCCAUCCUGUCACCGGCAAACCCUUGGAUCCUAAUUCUCCACUGGCUCUGGCGCUGGCGGCUCGUGACCGGGCCAUGAAGGAGCAACAAAACCACCCUCAGAAUCAGCCCCCAAAUCCUCCUCAGGUUCAGCAAACCCCCAAACACGAAGCCCAGUCCCUCCCGAUCCAGCCCAGCCACAAACCAGACCUCAACCAACCGCUGUUCAUCGACACCAAGCUACGCUCCGGGAUCGAGACCAGUUUCGCCGCGAUCUCCACGGCGACCAUGGGCCGUCCCGGGCGGGGCGGGCUGCGGAGGCAGAUGACGGAGCAGAAGUACGAGUCCGACGGGGCGCGGGAGGAGAGGCAGCAUCAGGCGGUGGAGGAGAGGAAGAGCGCGCCGGCGGACGUGGCGGACUCGUCGCAGCCCAAGUCGGCCGGGCUCCUGAUGGUCCACACCAGCACUGACGCAAGCAACAAGGUCAACAACCAGGACCUGGAGGGGCAGGACAGCAACAGACCCUCCGAGCUGAAGGACCCCAACCAGCCCGAACCCCUCAACGCCACCACGCUGGCCCCCGGCCCCCAGCCCGCCUCGUGCCGGAGGAGGAGCAUUCCCCUGGGGGAAUCCAUGGACGAACCGGUGAAGCUUCCCUUCCGCAUCCCCCCUCCCCCUCUGGCCUCAGUUGACAUCGAUGAAGACUUUGACUUCUCAGAGCCCCUCCCCCCACCGCUGGAGUUCGCCAACAGUAUUGACAUCCCCGACGACCAGGCUAGCGCCAUCGCGGAGAUGCUUCGGGAGCAGAGACGGAACGGGGGGCCUGCUCUACCCCCGUACCACGCCCACGCCCCGCCACCCGUCACCGAUCAACACAAACGGGUGACAAACAGCAUGCCCCCCUCGUACCCUCCUCCUCCGCCUGACCCGGAGUCGGGGGUGGGUGACUCGGGCAUCGAAGAGGUGGACAGCCGCAGUAGCGGGGACCCCCAGCACAUGGAGACCACCAGCACCGUGUCCAGCAUCUCCACCCUGUCGUCGGAGGGAGGCUUCUGCGACAGCGCCCUGGAGAGCCUCUACGCCACCGCCGACGGACACGCCUUCCUCGUGGAUCGCCCUCCCGUGCCCCCCAAACCCAAGGGCAAGUCCGUCAUCAACAGAACCUCGCUUUAUCACGACGCUCUCAUCGAAGAGCCCCCAGAGUCCUACGGGUCACCGCCUCAGGCCCCUCCCCCUCCCCCCUCCGAACCUCCCAGGACUCCUACUCAAAGGACAUCCAAGCUGUGGGGCGAUCAGGCCCCCGAGCUGUGCAGCCCCCCAUCCACGCCGGACACCAAGAACACCGUCAUCACCGAGCUGAGCUCCAUCCUGCAGCAAAUGAACCGCGACAGGCCGCCCAAGACAGGGGAGAGCCUCGACUCCCCCACCGGGACCAGGGGGGCCUUCGGAGCAAGGCCGCCCACAGAAGACUCAGGAAUGCGUAAUAACGCCGCCGCCGCUGCUGCCCUCACCUCCACCCCGCCCAGCAGCCUCCCAUCGCAGCCACACCCCUGCAGCCCACCAGACUCCGCCUCCUCCCUCACCCCCUGCUCCUCCCUGCCGCCCUCCGUGUCACCCACCCUCACCGACGUCUUCGGCCUGCCCACCCCACCGAUGGGCAGCGGCGGCGGCUACAGCCUGAGCUCCUCGUGCGGCGGCAGCGGCAGCUCGCGCUCCCCGUCGCCGCUCACGCUGAUGCAGGCGGUGGCGGCCUCGGGCAAGCCCUUCGCCUCCAAACCCAUGGAGCUGUGGAGCAAGCACGACGUGGCGGACUGGCUGGAGAGCCUCAACCUGGGGGAGCACAGGGACGCCUUCCUGGACAAUGAGAUCGAGGGCGCCCACCUGCCCUCGCUGCAAAAGGAGGACCUGAUAGACCUGGGCGUGACGAGGGUGGGCCACCGCAUGAACAUCGAGAGGGCCCUCAAGCUGCUGCAGGACAGAUAA